UCCAGCUGGUUACAGAAGUGCAGACGUGUACAUUCAUUUAGCAAAGGUGUGUUUAUAAGAUCAGCUGUAUCUUCAUAUUUGUCGUGCAGAACGUACCGGUGCCUAUUUAAAAUGUCCACGGUCGAGGAACUAAAGCUGCGCGUCCGUGAGUUAGAAAAUGAACUUAUAAAAUGCAAACAGAAAACAGAUCCUGAAACCCCAGCGCAUGUAAGAACCAAGAUCGAAGAAAUGAGCGCCGAGGUGGUGGACUCCAACCCGUACAGCCGACUGAUGGCGUUGAAAAGAAUGGGUAUAGUCAAGAGCUACGAGAAAAUCCGCUCGUUUACUGUUGCGGUGGUCGGAGUAGGAGGCGUCGGGAGCGUCACUGCGGAAAUGCUCACAAGAUGUGGCAUCGGUAAGUUGCUGCUGUUUGACUAUGACAAGGUGGAGCUGGCCAACAUGAACCGCCUCUUCUUCCAACCACAUCAAGCUGGGCUUAGCAAAGUUGAGGCAGCAGAACACACACUCAGGUGCAUCAAUCCAGAUGUUGUAUUUGAGACACACAAUUAUAACAUCACCACUAUGGACAACUUCACACAUUUCAUGGACCGUAUCAGUAAUGGUGGACUUGAAGAGGGAAAGCCAGUGGACCUGCUUUUGAGUUGUGUGGAUAAUUUCGAGGCUCGAAUGGCUAUUAACACAGCUUGUAAUGAGUUGGGUCAGGUCUGGAUGGAGUCUGGAGUCAGUGAAAAUGCCGUGUCUGGACACAUCCAGCUCAUUAACCCAGGAGAGACGGCUUGCUUCGCUUGCGCCCCUCCCCUGGUAGUGGCCACCAACAUCGAUGAGAAGACGCUGAAGAAGGAUGGAGUCUGUGCUGCCAGUCUGCCCACCACCAUGGGCGUGGUUGCUGGGAUCCUUGUGCAGAAUGUCCUAAAGUACCUGCUGGGCUUUGGAACGGUUAGCUAUUACCUGGGCUACAACGCCAUGGAGGACUUCUUCCCCAGCAUGACCAUGAAGGCAAACGCCCAGUGCAGCGACAUGCACUGCAGGAGACAGCAGGAGGAGCACAAGAAAAAAGCGACAGAGCACCCGAAACAGGAAGUAGUGAAGGAGGAGGAGGAAGUAGUGCAUGAAGAUAAUGAGUGGGGCAUCGAGGUGGUAGACGAGGUGACAGAGGACGAACUGCAGGCUGCUUCAGGCCCAAAACCAGAUUUACCAGAGGGCAUAAUUCCAAUCUACACCAUCCCCCCUGAGAAGGUCAGAGAGAGUCCAGAGGACAUGGUAGAGGAGACGGAGCAGAGUCUCGAGGAGCUGAUGGCUCAAAUGAAGAAAAUGUAGUGUCUCUCACCCACCCACCUUCUCAGAAUGUCACAUACAGGGGAAAAAACACUCCCACUCCAUUUAUAAGGUUCUAUGAGACUAGGCCCCACAUCACGUAACACUGUUUUCUUACACACAAGCGUGGAAAUAUUCAUUCACAGCAAGAAUGAACACCUGCUCAAGACCAACCUGACUGUUCCGGGUUUGGAGAGCCAUGUUGAUUUACCCAGGACUUGUCUGCCUUUUGGAAUGGGAUUCUAGAUGUAAAUUUAAAAAAAAAAAAAAAAAAAGUUUCACCCUGUUCAUAGGUGUGUGUACAUGUGACUGUACUCAACAUAAAGGAACUUAAUUUCCAAAAUCACUUUACUGGUAAACUUAACAAGCUGGACAUUUAGUUCUUUGUGCUUUUAUUAGCUUAAAAAUAUUGACAUUGUUCAAUAAAAUCUUUAUUAAUAUUCAUGAUAACUGUAUAUAAAUUGUAGCAUUUGGGGGGCUGUCUUGUACAGUGGAGCCUGUGACGUGAGCAUUGCAAAAACAACGACUAUUGUUCAGUCCCUCUAGAUAUCUGCUACUCCAUAGUGAUCUGGAUAUAUUAGUAGUGGUUCCCAAAUUAGGAAAAAUACUGUUCCUUAAUGUUUAUUUACACAAUAACUGCCACAGCAAGUACACACAAGA